CUGGAGUAAUCCUCUCCGCUUGCGGACCAGCGCUUCCUCCAGAGAAUGUCUGCUACUUGCUAGAAAUCUGUAUCUUAUCGGCCUGGUGACCAGCACGACAUCACCAUGACCAUCUCGAGCCAACUGGUGGUUCCCAUGACACUGUGGGGCAAGAUUGCCCCCACACACUGCAUGUCGUCUGUCUUCAUCACAAAGGACCAGAAGAUGAUCGUCACGGGCUGCAAAGACGGCCAAAUAUGCGUCUGGGACAUCGUCGAUGGGGCGAAAAUUGUGCCACGCAGCAUGUUGUUUGGCCACACUGGUCCAGUGCUGUGCCUGGCCAGUGCCUCUCCAUCUGGGGAUGGCUCCUUGCUGGUCAGUUCGUCCGAGGCUGGUGAAAUGUCUUUGUGGGACUUGACGGACGGCAGGUGCCUGGAGAACACCAAGCUUCCCUAUGUUCAUACACAUAUGCAGUCCCACUCGCUUUCUGGGAGUGAAAGCUCCCACCUGUUCUGCAACGGCUACUACGCGGACGUCGUCGUCCUCGACACAAUGACAUUGACUGUGGCCUUUGAGCUGGUGUCACGUGUUUCCUCGGAUUGGAUCAGUGCCAUGCAUGUUAUUAGAACGCCUAAACGAAACGAUGACGUCGUCGUAGCCAUCUCCGCUUGUGGCAUGGCCAAGGUCUGGACUCUGUCACCCGAGGAUUACAAGUCUUCCAGCCCACUGUACGAGGAUGAGUCCAAGACCCUCAAGUGCAUGAACACCCUUUGCCUGGCGUGCUGCGCCUACAAUCAGCGCACCAUACUUGUGGUGACGGCCAAAUGUUGGCAUAUCUACGAUGCGUACGACUUUGCGCUGCUUUGCUCGACGGACAACCGGCCAGGUGAGCGAUGGAUGGGAGGGGACUUCAUCUCUGCUGACCGCGUGUGCGUGUGGAGCGACAAGGGUCGAGGCUACCUCUACCAGCUGCCGGCCAACAAACUGAAGGGAAAAGCAAUUAGUGCCAUUGCUGACAGCAGAGAGUUUCGAACUGGGCCCAACACCGAAGACAACGCCUUCCUCUUCUGUGUACUCGCUGUUCCCAAUGACGAGAGACUGGUGUGCCCUCCUGCUAUGGGAUACUUCUUGGGCACCCGAGGUGGCUUUCACAAAGUGCUCCUGCGAGGAGACUCAAAUGGUCGGGUCGUUCUAUGGAACGUUGUGGACGUAGCCGCUUCCGAUGUAGCUCGCAUGCGUCAAGAGGUGAAUUCUGUUGUCCAAAUGGAGCCUUUUCUGAGUCUUGCUUUGCAAGAGGCUUGGGAUGAAAUGAAGCCUCCACCACCUGGCAUACUGGACAAAAUGGAGUUGCCCGGAGAAAACCAGGAGCUGAAGCUCACUGCCAGCGUCUACCUGCCCCUGCAAGGACGCCUGGUGGUUGGCAGGGAAGACGGCAGCAUCGUUGUCGUGUCGGCCACCCAAGCCGUCAUGCUGCAGCUCCUGUACGGGAAGCACCAUCACGACGACCGCCCACAGCACCAGCUGCUGCACGGCCACAAUGGUCGGGUGACGUGCCUGCUGUAUCCGAACCACGUGCACUCGCGCUACGAGAUUGCCCACCUGGUGUCAGGGGGCGUGGACUUCUCGGUCUGUCUGUGGGACUUGUAUGCGGGCACCCUGCUGCACCGGUUCUGCGUCCACGCGGGCGAAGUCACCCAGCUUCUCGUGCCCCCAAGCAACUGCAGUACACGAGUGCUGCAGAGCAUCUGCAGUGUGGCCAGUGACCACUCGGUGGCGCUGGUGAGCCUGAAGGAACGCAAGUGCAUCAUGCUGGCCUCUCGGCACCUGUUCCCCGUCGGUGUGGUCAAGUGGCGACCCUUCGACGACUUUAUGGUGGUCGGCUGCUCUGACGGCUCGGUCUACGUCUGGCAGAUGGAGACCGGCCACCUGGACCGGGUGCUCCAGGGUCUGGCAGCAGAGGAGGUUCUGAGUGCAUGCGACGAGUACACUGGCCACCCGGGAGAGCGCAUGACGAACCCCGCGGUGCAUCUGUUCCGGGGUCUGCGCCACCGUAACAUGGCUGCCAUCCGGCAUGCUGCCCAGCGUGGACUGCACCAACUACAACAGCAGCACCACUCGUCGCACCACCCCACUCCUGGACACCAGCACGGAAUGGGCCAUGAUGUGGGCGACAGUGCCCACGCUCGUUCCCGGGCACACCCGCUCAUGAUCCAGGGGCUCAGGACCAACCCCGUGGAUCAGGACAGCCACGUGCUCUUCUUCGACAUUGAGGCACUCAUCGGCUUCCUGAACUCGAUGAAAGAAAAGCAACGACGCAGAUCUGCUUCCACUGCUCAAACGACCAACCUCAAUUCUCGAGACAUGUCAGUGCUGCUGGCUGAAUUGAAAGUGCAGCUCCUGUCCGAAGAGUAUUCGGGAAUGUCGCCAGGCACCCUGGAGUCUCAGGGUCUCAUCAACCAGUCCGAGUACCAGAAGUACCUCACCUUGUCCUCCUCGCCAGAAACGCACAAGAAGCUCUCAGGUUUCAUUGCCAAAGUAAAAGACACCGCAGAGACUGCAGCAUCAAAAAUUCAAGCCAAGGCAGAGAGCGUUGGCAUCAAGACGUCCCAAGCAGAUGCUUCAGGAGGUGGCAAGCCGGGAGAUGCGAAGAAUGGAGUGGCUGGGGCGGGUGGCGCCAAGCACAAGCACCUGAGUCUGGCCGAGACCAACCUGACAAUGGAGAUUGCUCAGUUGUUGCUGUCCCUCCUGCACGCUUGGGGCCUCGACAAUGACCUUGACAAGGCGUGCGAAGGCACACUGGGCCUGCUGUGCCCCAUGCGACCCAUCUGCUUUGGCCUGCUGUCACGGGGCAGCCACAUGAGCCUGCUGCUGCCCACCCACACGUACCGCAUGCUGCCCCCGUCCCAGGAGGCUGCACCAAUCAGGUACAGCAGCAAGGAGCGCAAGGUGGUGACCAUGCCGGUGCCCAAGGAACAGAUUGAAGAAGAGGAGCGAGCACGUCGCUUCUCGUCGAGAGGCCACUGGGAGUUGUCGACAGCCGUCACGACCAACCACCUGCUGUCGGUGAUUGCCCUGGCCAACACGCUCAUGUCCAUGAACAGUGCCACCUUCGUGCCUGACCAGGAGAAGCGCCGGAAGCUGCACAGGCGACUGAGCCGUGCGGACAGCCGUGCCUUCAUGAUGUCGCCUGGGGAGGCCGGUGGUGGCGGCGUGGACGGCAAUGCUGCCCUGGCCGCCAUUCAGGAGGCACUGUCGCAGCAGCAGGCUCACGUCAAGCAGGGCUGGAGCUUGCUGGCUGCGAUGCACUGUGUCCUGCUGCCUGACCACGUGCGCACGCCCGACUUCAAGCGACCACAGGUUGAAAUGCUCGCGCGCCGGUGGCAGGACCGCUGCCUCGAGGUGCGCGAGGCAGCCCAAGCGCUGCUACUUGCAGAGCUUCGGCGCAUCGGCCCCAAAGGUCGCAAGAUGGUCGUGGACGAGUGGGCCGUCUACCUGCCGAACUACGGCGAGGCCUUCCUUGCCUCGCCCUAUGCCUCGGGCGGCGGGUCCACUGGGCCGGUGCCUCAGGCAGGACAGACGGCACAACAGACGCCCAAUGCUGCUGGCCUGAGCACCGUUGCAAUCGAGGGCAACGUUGCGAGCUACCAGGUGGGAAGCGCUGUUCCCAGCCGAGCCUCUUCGGGAGGGAGCACACCCUCAGGGCCCCAGCCCAAGGCCGACACACAGUCGAUACGAACCAGUGACGGGCAGAACUCAUCGGAGGAAGAAGACGAAGAGGAGAGAGAAGGUGGGGAGGCAACCACCAAGCACGCCUGGAGUGCUGCCGAGGCCCGCCGUAAGCAGUCGACAGCCAUUGUUCUUCUGGGUGUGAUCGGAGCAGAGUACGGUCACGAGAUUGAACAGAGCAAGCGGAAGGGCGCCGACGACCAGAAGAAGAAGUCUGUCGUGGACGGAUUUGGGCCCACCAACUACUCUCUCGCAUGGCACACGAGCCAGGCGCUGGCGUACCUGCUGCUGACGCCCGCGUCUCCGUCUCUGCCUGCACACACAUCGCUACGCCGUGCGGCCAUCGACCUGAUCGGCCGGGGCUUCACGGUCUGGCAGGCACACAUGGAUGUAUCACGUGUGCUGCUUGGCCUGCUUGAACUAUGCUGCGAUUCGGACAAGCUCGUGCCCAGCAUGUCGUACGGGCUGCCGCUGACACCGGCGGCAGAUUCGUGCCGCACAGCGCGGCACGCGCUGUCCCUGAUUGCUACGGCGCGUCCGCCAACGUUCAUCACAACGCUGGCGCGCGAGGUGCACCGCUACAACACGCUCGCUCAGAAUGCACAGUCGCUCAACAUCUCGCUGCACCAGACGGUGCUGAGCCGCGCACGGCCAGAGAUAUUGCGCAUCGUGGAGCUGCUCAUCGACAAGAUGCAAACGGAGGUGGCCGACCUGCUCGUCGAGGUGAUGGAGAUUGUGCUCCACUGCCUCGAUCAUACACAGUUGAAGAUGCGUGGCCUCAACGAACUGUUCCCUGCCAUCUGCAGAUUCCACAAUGUCAGCUACUGCGGGGCAACAAGGCGCAUCGCUGUUGGAGCCAAGAGCGGCAACCUGACUCUCUAUGAACUGAGGGCCUCCAAGUCACAGAUAAUACCGGCCCACUCAACGUCUGUGGUUGCCUGCGCAUUCUCCCCCGAUGGCAAAUACCUGGCCACCUACUCCAGCGGAGAGAACAAGCUCUGCUUCUGGCAGACUGCGGCAGGUCUGUUUGGGCUGGGCAAUGCGCAGACGCGCUGCGUGCGCACCUACCCGACGCCUCCACUGCCAGACAGCGUGCGUGCCAACCCGCUCAAGAUGGCCCAGCUAGUGUGGAUCUCCAGCCGCACCGUCACCCUCAUGCUGACAGACGGCUCCGAGCACCGAUUCACCCUCAGUUAAUCCACCACUUUAUAUCCUCUUCGCCCGAAGUACAUACCCACCCCUACCAUUCGUUGCGAUUAUGGCUACGCCAGCUUCGCUUGGCCAGAAGGUCAGGCGCGCCCCAGCGCAUCGUGGUGUGCCUGCCACUCGUGCGUGUGAAUUACCGCGGAGAAAAAGAAUGUCGGAAGCAUGUGAGUCCCCAUUUUUCGGGGCCAGCAUCAACUUCUCUGUGGCCCCCUCAAGCCCUCUCUGCUGUAUAUCCCCACAGAUUGUCACGUCCCAGCUUGUGGCUUGUACCCACUAGGCGCCUGAAGGUUUCAUUUGUGGAAUGAAUACAGCAAGGCCACACGACAUGAAGUGCAUUGUAUAUCGCCGCUUUUUAAAAAGCCUAUUCUCUGCACAUAACGAGUAUUGUUUUUGCAGACGAGUUAGUGCACGAGGUGUGUAAAUGCAAACUGACAGAAGGGGCCGAUAGGUUCUAUUGCAGGCUGGACAGUAUACGACGAUAAUGUUGCAUCUCUUGGUAUCGACUUGUAAGAUUUUGUGGAGUCACUAUGCCAAUUAUAUGUUGCAUCUCUGUGUGAACUUAAUACAGCAUCCACUGGAUUACAAUCAAGAGUGCUCAGAGUGAUGCAUUUCAGGUGCGGCCUUUUGAAGCUCUCCCUAUGUGUAUAGGUGUGGCAGGUGCCAGUAGUUGAAUGAUGUCACCCAGAGCAGGCCACUACUGUGUGAAUAAGAAUGAUUCUGUCUUGUAAAUCCAGUAAACGAUAUACAAUUUUACUUCACCUCUGCACUCCAGCUGCAACAAGUGACAGCCAAGAGUAGCUCUCUGGCCUAGGCAUGUAUGCGCAUAUUUUUUACAUGAUCAACAGCACAAAUGACAGGACAAGAGAUGUACCGUAUUCACUCGUAUAAGACACACACUUUUUCUAUAACCUGGGCAGGCGAUGUAACUUUUGCGCAAGUCGGCCGUGUGACUACCUGCUAAAGCUGCAGACGAUGUCGUGAAUCUUGAAUAAAGUAAUGUCGACACUGGCUGCACACUACUCACAUUCACUCAGCACAUCUGAUCACGUCCUGCAUCUCUCUUCAUCGCUUCCGCUCUCGAUGUCGCUGCCAUUGUCACAGGAGGUUACUACCUCAUCAACACGUUCCCAAAGACCUGUGUCCUUGGUGCCAUCCUAGCUGUUUGGUGUUCUAGGAACGCCAUACAUUCAAAAUCGAAUAACGUCACUUUUCUUUUUUAAAACUUUUUACCUCUAAGGUUGAAAGUACAAGUUUUCUACAAGUAAAUAUGGUACACACGGAACUUAAGUCUUGUGUUCUAUUGUCUACGCUGUUCACAGCGUUGAACAAUAACCUAUUAGACCAGCUUUGAGCUCUCUUCAAAUAGGCAGCUGUCAUUCCUACUUAAUUUAUAUGCAGCUUUUGUUUCCUUUAUGCCGUGAUAAAUCAGUUCGUAAUUUCUGACCGUUGAUGCUGUGUGAGCAUAAUGAUGCCAUCACACUUGAUGAUGCCCUAUGCCAUCUUAAUAUUAAAUAUCGCUUCUAUCAACAAAAGGUUACUCGGAGCCACAUUUUCUAAUAAGAUAUUUCACUGCUGCAACUGUGUCAGGAAUUAGUCAAUCAUGAUUGGCUGCAUCAACGUAAGUGCAAAACCAGAAGAUUGUGCUGCUAGAAAUUUACAGCAUAAUGGGUAUGCUGUUAUUGCUUCACCACACACAGGUAUAUAGCGUCAGCAGACGAAGGCUAGGAAGAGACAGGACAGUUACUAGCUUGCGCCUCGGUUUUUAGUGCUUAGGAUAAGAUGUUCCUAGCACCUGGGUCGCUCAAUACCUAGGAGACAUGCCCUGUCUAAUCAUGGCCUUCAUCUUCAUUCGUUUUCACGGUGUUUAUAGGUAAUGCCAAACUAACUACGUCAAAGAAAGGUAUCAGCCGCAUUCCCUAGGGCAGUAGUGGCUUGCUUAGCAGUUGGUAUGAUAAUUAGAUCCAGCUCAAGCGUAAGCAGUGGAUGUAGAUGGACCUGAAGAACAGAAGACAGGAUAGCACAGACAGCACAAAUAAAUUUUAAAAAACGAGCUCGUGUGCUGUUCUGUUUCGGGCUCUUAAUGUCCAUCUUAUUUUUGUUACAUUUACUUCUCCAAGCAUUAGCCACAGCUUUUCAUACAGUAGCGGCCUGCUUUGCAGUUCCCAUGAUAAACCUAGUACGAGCAGAAGCAGUGCCUGCGGACUCUCUGUUAAAAGAGUGUCUUGAGCCGACUCAGAAUGGCUACUGCUUGGUCAGGGCUAGUUGCUAGAGAGUGCCUAUUAGAGAGUGUCAGCUGCCACUAGCACUCAAAACCAAGAGCAGGAGUCAUGUCCUGGGUCCAUCACUUUUAGGGAUAUCACUUUUAAAGCCAAUGAGCAGAAUGCGCAUUGCUUCAGUGAACUGUUGUGCCAGAAAAUACAUCAUGCAAAAUUGAAGGCAUCCCUGAAAUCAAUCAAUCGAGAAUUUGACCCCAGAUCUCAGUCUCUCAUGAGGGUGAUUUGUAGGCACACAGCAUUUUUUCGCUCCACCAUCUGGAAAAAAAAAAAGGCUUAUACAAGUGAUGCCUUGCCACUGUCUGAUUAAUUGCAGCAUUGGCUCUAAAUCUAUGAUGAACUCAAGUCGUUGUUUUAGCAGGAGCUGCUGAUUGCUCUGUUCACUGCCGAUUGCUCUGAUCAUGCUUCACUCUGGAUCGCACUAAAUGUCACAUGCUUUGACAGUGGAACAAGAGAGUGCAAUUCACCAUAAAGCAAGUUGAGAUGAAAUGGCCAGUGGAAAACUGAAAUUUGUCCUGACAGAAAAGUAAAGAAGAAAUUCUUCACUGUUAAGCUAGGAAAAAAAAAAAAAAAAAGAAAUGUUACCUUAACUUUCAUCUAGCCUUUCAUGUGAAGCACUGCACAAUUGUUCAUUGUGCUGGCAACUUUUACACCUUGGGCUUUUUUAUACAUUGCCAUAUGUUUUCUUGGAGCCUUCCUUUUUUUAUAUUUAAUGCUUUGAAGCACGAGAAAAUGUUGUCCUACGGCAAUUACGCAGAUCACUUCUGAUGCCUUUAUGGACUGUCCAGUUAUGCAUGUUCCUUGGAAUGUAAUGUUCUAAAUAUUUAGUGUACAGGUGGAAUAUUGUAUGAUUUUUUUCAUAUGUUAGAGGCACUUUUUAUCCGGAAGUGUGCUGGUGUUGUUUGUAAACAUUUUGCAGCAAAGCUUUGUUUUUUUUAUACUGAUAUUGGUUCCUAAUGUUGUUUGUAUAUAUUGCUGGGGGCAUGAGUCACUACAUUGAGCAAUGAUGUAUUGUAAAUGAGCUCAAAACUGUUGUCCACUUCAGUAAUACCAGCUGGUUUUAAUUGCUGCUUUUAUGUUACUGUUGUUUUGCUUCCACUAUGUGGUAUUGUUUCACUGAUAAUAUGAGCUGAUGAUGCAAGAUGAGCAAGCGUCCCGACUUUAAAGUGUGUACAGUACAGGCGAUGGUAGGUGUAUAGCUUUAGGAAAUUUGCAUGUGUAGUUCGCAGAAAAAGUUGGUGAAUGCUGUAGACGUUCUUCAUAAUUUCCUUAGCAGGACACAUUGCUUAUUUACACGGAAAUGUAUGUGUUUUUUUUUUUUUUUGCUACAUUGUGGAUAUUUGGAGUGUGCCCGUAAUGCAUAUCACUGUGGAAGUCUCCACUCGUUUUUAUUACUUUGCAUAUGUGACAUUUGCAUGGUAAUCCAGUGGAAGGUUUAAUUAUGAAUCAACUUUUGUUGCAAUUUCUAUGACAUUCCCAAUCUGCAGGGCAUUCCUGAAAUUUGAGCCACAUGCCGAUUAUGUCACACACAGGCGCAGAAAAAAAAAUGAAAUGCUCUUGGUGGCCACAUUGUGCUCGAAAGAGCAAAUCAUGGGUAUUUGUGAAACUUGAGUAAUGAAAGAAACGGUGCUUUGCAGCAGGACAGAAGGCCGACGACACAUAACAGACGGGCGCUUGCUUUGUAUGGUGUUUUAAAACAGAAGGCAGACGACACAGAGCAGACAGCACUUGCUAUGUUAUAAUAAAGCAUUGUUUCUUUCACUACACAAGUAUGCACCAACCAGACCAGAUUAGCACGGUAUGGUGAAACUUCUUUACUCAUGGAGAUGGGUGAAAAAUUUUACUCCGGGGGUUGUAUUACGCUGGUACAAACCAGUGAGUUUGACGAUUCGAUCUUACUUUGUUACACAGUUCAUGGUCCUCGUUUUUUAACUCCUGACCUUCAGUAUGCUAUGGUGGUUCACCCAUUUAUUUGCAUUGUUGCCCGCUGCCCUUUUAACAUCUUCUGUUGGAAGCUCAAGCCUUCUCCUCCCAUUUACCCGAAGACUCUUAAUUGCAUUUGCUUUUCCGAUUGCACUGAGCGAUAUUGAUUACUGGGACCGUAUUUCUUUGGGGAUACUGUUUUAACUUUUGAUGAAAAUAAAAACUUUAAAAGAUGAAAUUAACAUUGCGAGUAGUGCAGCUAAACGUGGCAGGUGGUUCCCAGACAUUCCAGUGCAUGAUGUAGAAACACCAAAUUAGAGACAAUGGACAAGAAAGAGACAGACAGAGCUUGUCACUGCAUGUUCCCAACUUACGGUAUCAGAUGUCACAGCUUCAGUGAGUGCAUUGAAGCCCAGCAAGCCAUAUUAUGGUAUCAUGAAGUGCCUGUCCAUUUAUAUUGCUCGCAACUUCUUUUUUGCUAGAACUGCCAAACAGUUUCUGUUGUUCUCUGAUGAAAUUUUGCUGCACCUCCUGAUAGAAAAUUUUCACGUAUCUCCAACAUUUUCGAAGAGGAUAUUUAAAUUGAACAGCUAAUUGGCUACAAGCAGCCCCACCUUCACAUUACAGGCGUAGGCAAUGAUCUCUUGAUUUUAUUCAUGUACUGAGCAUUACCACCUAUUCCAAAUUAGAUUAAUUUCAAAUUAAUUUCUUUUGAGAGUCAGGAGUGCAGGAACUACACCAAAACGUCAACUUAAAUGUCAAAUAAGUCAACGCCGAAAGCACUUUGUCUCUUGUUUCUUCUUCUCCCCAUCUUGCACUACGCUUUAUCCGAACUCAGUACAACAGGAACAUUGAAAAUGUAAGUGUGAGCGCCGGUGCCACAUUUGUAACAUGCAAGAUUGGGCUACGUCGUUCUACAUGAUUCAGAAUGUAAAAGGGUGAGAGGGACAUAAAGAACAAGUGCUGUGUGUUGGUAAAGACAGUCAUCCUUGUUUAUAAAGCACAAGCUUUGAAUUUUUUUUGUUUUCUCCUAAUGAAACAUGUGGCAUGUCUUCUUUUGCGUGUUUCCUUGGCUCAAAUUAUGGGGCCCCUGUGGAUACAUUUCCUAAUAUGUUUUCUUGUGUUUUUUCUGUGCUCAAUGAACCAGUUUGGAGCUUACAAAUAGGGGCAACUUCUUAUGCAUGUUUUUUUCCUUGUUUUUUCUACUGGCAAAUUAGCUGCUGAGUGCUGCAGAAAAAGGCAGCAAGCAUGCUCUUAAUCCGAUCUGGUGCUCUUGUGUGUCACAGCUUUGUUGCUUUUUCUGAUAUUGUAUCCAAGUAUACAAGUAAAUAGUCAUGCUCACCUAAGGUAGCACAGGAUUUCUUUUGUAACUAUGAUCACAGUACUGUUAUUAUAUUAUUAUGUCAAAUGCGAUCUCGUUUGUGCAAAUGCAAACACAUAGUUUUCAUAAAGAUGAACGAGAAGCUGUGCGUGAUGCUGCUAUCUCAGUGUUUGAUUCUUUAGGGAUCAUUUUAGCAGUUGUGUAAAAGUCAUGCACGAAAAAUGUGUCCUCUGGGUCCUUUGUAUUGUGCAACCCUGUAUAUAGUAUGGCCUAUUAGUUAAGACACUCUAUAGAUUUAAGACUGUUGUCCUAGGUUUACCAAACUUUAGAACUGUUACUUGUUUUGAAGAUUGUGCAUGCCCUGACCUGCAAACAUGUGCUUUGCUGUAACUAGAGUGCAGUGAUGAUGAAAUGACUGGUAUGAUGUGCACUUGUGUAAAAUCUAGGUUGCUAUAAUGUUUUAUUCUUAUGAGCCAUCAAUACUUGUGAUGUCUGCUUAAGGUGGAGGGGAGACCUAUUUAAACUAGUCCAUGAAACUCUCAAUGUCUAAGUGCACUAGAAUCUUGUUAAUUCAAACUCCAAGAGCACUGGAUGUAUAUUCGAAUAAAACAGAGUUCGAACUAAGGAGAGCCGCUUUAAGUAUAGCGCCCAAUCAGCUGUGCGGUACAGCACGCAACACCAAAAGCGUCACUUGACUCACAUUGAAAAAGUAUAAUCUUUUUUUCCAUCAGUGUGCAACGACAUGUGCCGGGUGAAGCCUAGGUUCCAUGUAAAGUCCAAGUGCGAUAAAAUCGCACAUCGCGCGUCGUUUGCUGAGGAUGCAAGGGAAAACGUGCGAGGGUGAGCCAAGAAGGAUGGUGGAUUGAUGCGUGCCGUCCUCCCGCGUGUCCAAUGUUGCAGAUGAUGUGAUUGGGCGCAUGCUAGGAGGGGGGCGUAGGUGAGUGCGCGGUAAUUGAUCAAGGGCGCGCUAGGAGGGAGGGGGGCAGGUGAGCGAGGUAACAUGCUGAAGCACACGAUGAGGCUCCUUCCUGCUCUUUAAAACCGAAAGGGAAAGGAGGGUGCACGCCACCCUGCUUGCUCCGAUCCAGUUCAGUCGCGGCUUCCCGCUCUUCUUUCCUCGACAUUAUAGUAGCUAGCGAUGCAUCGAACCUUCACCUUUGGCUCAGGUUUGUCCGAAAACUGGUCCAUGCAAGUGAGAAAUUUUGUUCGCAAUAACCGUUGCACAGUUUUCAGAGUUCACAUUCGUGGGAGUUUUUCUCUACUAAAAUGCACAGGGGACUUUGCCGGGACCAACAGAGAAGUUCCAAUUAUCCGUCAAUUCAAAUUAAGAUUUUAAGUUAUCGGGAUUUCACUUUCACAAUUUUUUUGCUGCUAAUAAAGCAGCUCUUGUAGAAAGCAAUAAAACAAAAGAUUCUUGUGGAAAUUGUUAUAAAAAGCUUUGUAAACAAACAUUUUUUCUAAUCCACCAGAAGGUUUUUUUCUAAAAGUUUAUUCAUCUUGUAACUCUGGUCCAAGUUGGUCUACAACUUCAAUUUAUGCUUAUAAGUCAUGUUGGAUAUUCCAGAUCAUUCUGGCAUGCCAAUAUUUCUAUACUCUUAUGGCUUGGUAACAAAAUUGCCUCCAAACUCCAAUUCUAGGUAGCGAUUUCGUGCCUCCGCACAAAAUCGCUACUUAGAAUUGCACAUUAUACAAGAAAAAAUAAAAUCAAUUCAGCAUGUCAGAAUGCAUAGGAUGUGCUUGCCAGUUUAUAUUCACAAAUGUUACCUCCAAAUCAUGAACAUAAAGCUCCUAAGAACUGUUUAUUGCACAAGAAUAAUACAUAUUCAGGGCACCACAAUAUAUAUGGAGUGCAAGUUCCAUCAACCUGAAUUGGCAAAAUGAAAAGUUUCAAGAAUGAGGUCUCCCCUUGAUGUGAAACAAGGAUAUCACAAGUAGGGAUCAUUCAUUUACUUUCGUUAAGUUUCUGUAUGGAAGCACCUGACAUCUGGUGGCAGAGUUGAAAAUGUAGCAUCUGAAUAUGUUCAUGUUUGUGUAUUGAGGCACCUUACAUCUGGUGGCAAAAUUGGUGCAGCAUAUCUGAAUAUGUUCACAUGUUUCUGUAUUGAAGCACUUGACAUUUGGUGGCAAAGUGUAAACUGUAGCAUCAGAAUAUGUUCACAUGCAUGUUUCUAUAUGGAAGCACCUGGCACAUCUGGUGUCAAAUUGGAAGUGUAACAUCUGGAUAUGCUCACAUGUUUAUGUAUGGGACUGCCUGACAUCCAGUGGCAAAGUUUGAGGUGUAGCAUCUGAAUAUGUUAUCUCCAAAUGUCCAAUCUAAGCGACUCUGUACUAAUAGCAUGCCAGUCUUUUUUCCAUUGUGUUCCACAUUAUUUUCUCUUGCUCUUUGUGUUUCAGGAUCACACUCUCUAUGUGCUAACUUCUUAACAGGCUGCUGCUUCAGGGAACCUACGUGACCUUGCAUGCCAUGCAGGACACGCAAAAACGAUGAGGACCGCUGUAUUUUUUUGUCUGACCCACGAAUAUUUCUGAAGUCUGCUACCGUUCACGCCUUUGCAAGAGCAUGGUGAAGACCAGACUGAAAAUAACAGUGCGCGAACGCUUUUCUUUCCUCAAUUAUGUGCUGCUCAGUCACAGGUUACUCCUUGCUGGCGAACAUGUGAUAGGUGUUUUGUAUUGGGAAAUCAGUUUGUGCUCAUCUGUGUCUCGGGCAAGGCAUCUGGACAUUUCCCUAUCUAGUCUGUUAGUGUAAAGCAUGCCGCAUUCUUCCUUGAACCAUCGCCGAAAGAUGUGUGCAGCGCUUGCUCGGCGUUGUGCAUCCGAGAUAACAAAUUCUGAGACAAAUGUUGGUUCAUGAACUACACGGGACAUGUUGAGGUUCAUCCGUGGAUGCGAUAUGUAUAUUAUUUGAAUUCUGCACAAUUGCCUGUAUUAAGAUGUUAUACCUAGUAUACAUAAGCUAAUAAAUGUGUUGAUUCAAUGUG